AUGGAACAGAAAAUCCAGUUGGGGAGUCUACCUCAAGAAUACCUCUCUUCCUCUUCUACCAGCUCCUCCUCGUCCGCCGCCGCGACCAAAGCUUCUUGCGGUGGUUUGAGUGCAUCUCCAUCCUCCACGUCUGCGUCCUCCACCUCGAACUCUUCAUGCAAAGCUCAAAAAAAUAAAAAAGGGGUUCGAGGAGCGAGAAGCGGCAAUGAAGACGUUAGGCCCCAUGGUGAAAAUGGUGGCGACGAAAAGCACCCCACUUAUCGUGGCGUUCGGAAGCGGAGUUGGGGGAAAUGGGUGUCUGAAAUUCGAGAGCCAAAGAAGAAAUCAAGAAUAUGGCUUGGAACUUAUCCCACAGCCGAAAUGGCGGCUCGAGCUCAUGAUGUAGCAGCCUUAGCCAUCAAAGGCCACUCAGCUUAUCUCAAUUUCCCUCAUUUGGCUCAUAAGCUCCCUCGCCCUGUCUCCACUUCACCCAAGGACAUCCAAGCUGCCGCAGCGAAAGCGGCUGCUGCUGUCACAUUCAGCCACCACAGUCACGACGGAGCCAUUGAAGUUGAAGCCAAGCUGCCCAGUUCUCAUUCUUCAACAAAUUUGGAAUUGGAUAAUAUGCAAGAAUCAUUCAAUUGUUCUGCAGCAACGGUUGUUGAUGACCCAUUUUUUGGCCUGCCGGAUCUUUCUCUCGAAGAUUCUUCAUGGCGAAUAGCUGGAACCGAUAUAGGAUUUCAGUUUGAAGAUCCAUUUUUAUGGGAGUGCGGAAGUUCACAUUCUUACACAUUAAAUUAA